AGGAGGGGGGUGGGGUUAAAAACCCGGUCAAAAAUAAAACCCUUCUCUCUCUCUCUUACCGUUCUUCCAGCAAAGAAAAGAACAGUACAGCAGAGAAAGGGUACUUCGCCAGUUCAUUCAUUACGGCCAUCUUCUGCCCCCAACUUCUCUGUAUUUAUUUAGGGUUUUAGGUUGUUCUUUCUUCUUCCUUCAUUUAUUUUUUUAUCGAAUUCAGUUAAGAUCGAUUCCGAUGAGUGCUAAUCAAGAAGAUCAAUUCAAUAUGACCGAUCUUAGCUCUACUCUCCCCGCUGCUACUGCAGCUCUUUCUGCUGAGGAUCGUGCUGGUCUAGUUAAUGCCCUGAAGAGUAAGCUUGAUGAUUUGACUGGACAACAUCCUGAUUUCUUAGACACUCUUUCAGCUAAUGCUAGGCAACGUGUUGGUGUUCUUAAAGAUCUUCAGAAUCAACAUGAUGAGCUGGAGGCCAAGUAUAUUGAAGAGAGAGCAGAAUUGGAAGCAAAGUAUCUGAAGUUGUACGAGCCGUUAUAUGCUAAGAGAUAUGAAAUAGUGAAUGGUCUGACUGAAGUUGAAGGAGUAUUGAAAGAUACUUUAGUGGAUAAGGAGAACAAUGAAUUGGCAGGAGAUAAAGGCGUGCCAAAUUUUUGGCUGACUGCAAUGAAGUCCAAUGAAGUGCUAGCUGAUGAGAUUUCUGAGUCUGAUGAAGGGGCUCUCCAGUACCUCAAAGAUGUUAAGUGGUGUAGAGUCACUGGUGCCAAGGGUUUUAAGCUUGAACUCUUCUUUGAUCCUAAUCCUUACUUUAAGAACUCUGUGCUGACGAAAACAUAUGAGAUGAUUAAUGAGGAGGAACAUAUCUUAGAAAAAGCAAUUGGGACGGUGAUCGAAUGGUUUCCGGGGAAAAAUUUGACCCAGAAGGUUCUGAGGAAGAAACCUAAGAAGGGCUCAAGAAGCCCCAAGCCACCAAUUACGAAAACAGAGGAUUGUGAAAGUUUUUUCAACUUUUUUAACCCGCCUCAAAUCCCUGAUGAUGAAGAGGAUAUUGACGAGGAUAUAGCUGAAUUGCUUCAGAGUCAAAUGGAACACGAUUAUGACAUUGGGUCAACCAUUCGAGACAAAAUCAUUCCUCAUGCUGUCUCUUGGUUCACUGGGGAGGCUGCCCAGAACGAUGAAUAUGAGAUUGAAGAUGAUGAGGAUGAUGAGGAUGCUGAUGAAGAUGAUGAGGAUGCUGAAGAAGAUGAGGAUGACGAUGAAGAUAAUGUAAACAAUAAAAAAAAGGUAAUCGAUACUAGCUAAGUUUUGUCAAUAUUUACAUUAGAGGUUCAAAUCAGGUUGGUAAAAAAGAUGAAACGCUAGAAUUGAUGUUCAAACUUCUCAAGAUAGAAAAUCACAUUUUAGGCCUAUGUGCACUUCUUUAAUGUUAUCAAACACAACCACAACUGUAAUGUGCUGCAUUCUUUAGGCCUUCACUCAAUGAGAGACUAAUUAGCAUGGGUUUAGGAUUAUCCUUGCAGUACACGUAAAAAAAUAGGCCUUCACUCAAUGAGGCCUUCACUCAGUGAGAGACUAAUUAGCAUGGGUUUAGGAUUAUCCUUGCUGUACAUGUAAAAAAAUAUUGGUCAAGACUGUUGCACAUUAAUAAUUUAAUACUGUUCUGUACUUCAGCUAUAUAGCUGGUAGUUUUUUGGGCUGUCUUUUAUGCGUUGUUAAUAGUAUGACAAUAUUUGCUGUCUAUAUUUUU